GGGCGAGGACCGGCCGGGAACGUGCCGGGGCGGAGGGCGCUCGGGUGGGCGGUGCGGCACCCCCGGAGCGGCUGUGCGGAGCUGCUGACGGGGUGGGCGGCAGAUUCCCGGGCCGUCAAGGGACGGGGACCGUGAGCUCGGUUCCGACCCGGUCGGCGUCGUUGAUUGGUUCUCCUCGAGUGUUGCCCGGGGACCGCGCGUGGCCUCGCCGCCCACCCAGGCCCGGCCGUCCCUCCGCGGCUCGGGGGAGGGUGCGUGUCCGGGUGUCUUCUCCCCCAGGCCGUCGUUCUCGGGAAGGGUAGGCCUACCUCAGCGCUCUCCAAGGCGGGUAGAAGACCCCUUUCCUCUCCGGGUUGCUGGAUAUCGUUGGGCGCAGCCUUGUCACCUGGAAUCCAUAUUUACCCAAGGGUAGGCUCGCUGCGGAUUGAGUCCCAGCGGAGAAAGCGCUGGAGGCGUUGGAUUAUCCCCGUCGUCAGGAGGAGAUGAGGAAUAGCACGUGACUGUGUUUGCCCUUGUAGUGUCACCCGCAGGGAACUUUGUAAACAGAAAUCCAGGUGAAGGUGGAAAUAGUAGAGCCACCAAGGUGUUGAAUGGGUUUGAGCUGGAAGUAAUUCCCUGUGGAACGUUCCACCUUGGACGUGCUGGGGUCCAGCUGCUGACUUAAUGAGACUCCCCAGUGGAAGACUAGAAAACAUCAAGCCUUAGAGCUGCAGUAUGGCCACCGCUGCCCUGCCCGACUCAUUUGGAAAUGGCCUUGCCUGCUCUUGUCUAGGUGGAAUGGUGCACGCGUGAUUUUGCUGAAUAUAACGGCCCUCUGCUGUCUCCAGGACACCAUGAAUGCCAUCGUUGCUCUCUGUCACUUCUGUGAGCUCCACGGCCCCCGCACUCUCUUUUGCACAGAAGUUCUGCACGCCCCGCUUCCGCAAGGGGCUGGGAAUGGGGACAGCCCUGGCCAGGGUGAACAGGCCGAGGAGGAGGAAGGUGGCAUUCAGAUGAGCAGUCGGAUCCGCGCUCACAGUCCAGCUGAAGGGGCCAGCGCAGAGUCCAGCAGCCCGGGGCCCAAAAAGUCAGACAUGUGCGAGGGCUGCCGGUCCCUUGCUGCAGGGCAUCCCGGGUAUAUCAGCCAUGAUAAAGAGACCUCGAUUAAAUACGUCAGUCACCAGCACCCCAACCACCCCCAGCUCUUCAGCAUUGUCCGCCAGGCCUGUGUGCGGAGUCUGAGCUGUGAGGUCUGCCCUGGUCGUGAAGGCCCCAUCUUCUUUGGGGAUGAGCAGCAUGGUUUUGUGUUCAGCCACACUUUCUUCAUCAAAGACAGCCUGGCCAGGGGCUUCCAGCGCUGGUACAGCAUCAUUGCCAUCAUGAUGGACCGAAUUUAUCUCAUCAACUCCUGGCCCUUCCUGCUUGGGAAGAUCCGAGGGAUCAUUGAUGAACUUCAGGGCAAGGCACUCAAGGUAUUUGAGGCAGAGCAAUUUGGUUGCCCACAGCGUGCCCAGAGAAUGAACACGGCCUUCACACCAUUCCUGCACCAACGCAAUGGGAACGCAGCUCGUUCACUGACCUCCUUGACAAGUGAUGACAACUUGUGGGCAUGCCUUCAUACCUCCUUUGCUUGGCUCCUGAAAGCAUGUGGCAGCCGGCUGACUGAGAAACUCCUAGAGGGUGCACCCACAGAGGACACAUUGGUCCAGAUGGAGAAGCUCGCGGUCACAUGGAGGAGUUUACCAUCCUGGGCAGCCUGGGAAAGUCUGCUAUUUAGCGCUGUGAGGCUGUGGAGAAGAUACAUGACAGACCUGGAAGAGGAAUCAGAAAGCUGGGACAACUCUGAGGCUGAAGAGGAGGAGAAAGCCCCCGUCUUGCCGGAGGGUGCAGAAGGGCAGGAGCUGACCAAGUGCCCAACGGAUUCUUCCUUGCUCUCAGACUGUGGAAACUGGCAGCCCCGAAAGUUGUCUGUCUUUAAGUCCCUUCGGCACAUGAGACAGGUCCUGGGUGCCCCAUCUUUUCGUAUGUUGGCCUGGCAUGUUCUCAUGGGCAACCAAGUGAUUUGGAAAAGUAGAGAUGCAGACCUUGUCCAUUCAGCUUUUGAAGUUCUUCGGACUAUGCUGCCAGUGGGCUGUGUACGCAUCAUCCCUUACAGCAACCAGUACGAGGAGGCCUACCGGUGCAACUUCCUGGGGCUCAGCCCGCAUGUGCAGAUCCCAUCCCACGUGCUGUCCUCAGAAUUUGCUGUCAUCGUGGAGGCCCAUACAGCCCCCCGCUCCAGCCUCCACCCAGCCGGAUGCGAGGAUGACCAGUCUCUGAGCAAGUACGAGUUUGUUGUGACCAGCGGAAGCCCUGUAGCUGCGGACCGAGUUGGCCCCACCAUCCUGAAUAAGAUGGAAGCGGCUUUGACCAACCAGAAUCUGUCCGUGGGUGUGGUGGAUCAGUGCCUCGUCUGCCUCAAGGAAGAGUGGAUGAACAAAGUGAAGGUCCUUUUCAAAUUCACCAAAGUGGACAGUCGACCCAAAGAGGACACACAGAAGCUUCUGAGUAUCCUUGGAGCAUCUGAGGAGGACAAUGUCAAACUCCUCAAGUUCUGGAUGACAGGCCUGAGCAAAACCUACAAGUCACACCUCAUGUCCACAGUCCGCAGCCCCACAGCUUCAGAGCCUCGUAACUGACCCUGCCACAGGAAUCUGACCCCAUGUUUGCCUUCUGAGGAGUGUGGUGAUUGCCAUAUUCGCCACUGAGCUCAGUCUCUGAUGGCAGUCAUAGAUUGCUUGUGUUUCUGGAUUGCCAGCAUGGAGCUGUGUCCUAGCAAGGAAUGGAAACUUGGGGCUGAACUUUGCCCUCUCUGUGGGAUCCCGACUUGGUGUAGUUUUCGGCACCAUUCCAAAAGCUGUUUGAAUUGCUCUGGCCCUGAAUGAGGGCAGUGGGAGACUUGGGACAGUGGGUUCCCUGUGUUUGUGUACCCCUGUGAGAGAAGACUAAGGAGAACAUGCAUCUUAAGCCUCUCAAGGAUUUAGAUCUCAAAAUUCAUAAGGAAGGUAUGUCAGGCCAGUCCCAACUUGGGUAUUUUGGCCUCAGUAACAAAUCUCUCAAGGUUAAUGUUUGAACCUUUCCAUUCUGAAAUUCAAGACUUUUCCAAGUUUUAUAUAUGAUUGCGUGUAUGUUUUGCUACAGUUUUGAGUUUUUAGGACCUGUGUGAUCCAUAGUCAUUGUUAGUAAUCUGGUUUUGAGCUCUGGAAAUGGCUUUGGGCAUGGGACGGAUGUUUUCUCAUCUUUAAGCCCUCUGGGAUUCAUGUUCUGGAACCAUGUGACUACAAAGUCUUCUAGCCAUACUCUCCUGUGGUUGCUUUGAGAUUUCCCUAAAGCUCGAGGACAGGCCCCUGACCGUUUUUUACACAAAGAUGAUACUUUGCUGAAAUGUCAGAUGGAACCAUUUGACUUGCCUAACCUACCAGAUGUGGCAUUGAGAAACCUACCAUAGUUUCAUUCCAUAUUACUUUGCCCUUUAUUUCUUAUUUCUUCUUAGACAUUUAGAUUUGGCUACAGGUAACAAUUUUCAGAGUAUGGUGAUUUAAGAUAGUUUCAUCAUCCUGGUGUACACUUUUAAUAAGGAUUCAUGGCUUGGAUUUUCCAGCAAUUUUGCUGAUUUUGUUUAUAGUUUUUUGUGUUUGCUUAAUUUAUAUUUAACAUGGAGACUAAGUUUGUAUGAGUAGGUAUCUAUCAUGCAAGAACUUGAAACAUAAUAAAGAUAUAUUUUUAUAAA